AUGACGUCGACAUAUUUUGGAGCUGCUGCGUUCCAACGGAAAGAUGAGGCAGUUGGACUUUUACAUCCUUCGGACGAGUGGAUCACCAUGUUCCUGUUGAUAUACAAAUACAACAUCGAACCAUUCUUUUUCACGUCCUCCAUUAAUUGGAUACCCUCACGAUACCAGGAAGCGCCCACCCAUAAACAAGGAGAUCACAUCACUGUUACCCUGCCAUUUGUACGAACACUGCGUGAUUUAAAAGAUCCAUCAGCAACCCCCUCUCCAACACCACCAUCACAACCCGAGAACCCUCCAGCAGAUGCCCGGAUCAACAUCCAUGCUCCUUUCCCUAUGGGCGAUGAUGGCAUGCUCUUCAUCGACCUCUUCGCAAUUCACAUGGUCCGCGGCGUAAAGACAAGCGCCAUUAUCUCCCACCAUCCCGAGUCUACAUGGUGCCGGACAUCCGCGAAGCGACUCCACUCGCUUAUAAAGCUUGUGGGGGAUAGUGUGUACUGGCAAAUAAUAUUCAAAAAGUCCAAAGACCCGACGUUCGUGUUCCUGUGGUACGCACUAUAUGCAUGGGAUGAGUCCUUUGAGCUGCUGUACAAACACGUUAGUGACUUGGAGUCAAAGGUGCUAGGAAAGCGCAUCGAGCUCACGCGCGACCUUCAUAUCCAAGCGCAUCUUCUGCACUACCAAUCACUCCUUCAUAACUUUGAAGUAUCAGUAUCCUGUAUCAAGAAUACCAACAAUCCGGCCAUGGAGUCUGAUGACUUCAAUGUCAAAAGAGCGGGAAGAUUCGCAGAAACUUACGAAGAAGGAAAGCGAGAAUCUACUCAGCGAAAUAAAUCGUCUACAAAGACGGUGUUUGAUGCUGAGCAACCGAUUGAAGAAUGUGAUGGACCUUGCUUUUGCGACUGUCUUAAUAUUGAUGACAGUACGCAGAAUCGGAGGUUGACAGAGGCGACGGUCAGAGACUCGGCGGCUAUGAAACAGGCCGUGGCUCAGGCCGUCUGA